AUGAAUAACGAAAAAUUUCUUAAUCAAUUGGAUCAUGCAAAUACAAAUCAUCAGGGAACAUUUGAUCAACAAAAUGUUCAACAGUUGAAAUCAACAGAUGAAGGUGAAAUUGUUCGAUAUUCAAUUGGUCUUGAUAUUGCUGUUGCUGGUUUUACAUCAAAUCCGAUUGUGUAUGAAAAAUAUACAAGUGGAAUUCUUACUGAAGAAGAUCAUCGUUAUAGUCUUGGUCCUGAUGUUGCCAUUGGAGCACCAAAUGUUGCAAAAAAUUCGAAUCAAUAUGAUCCUGCAGCAGCAAUGUUUGAUUAUGCAGAUCUCAAUCAUGAUGGAAGAAUUGAUAAAACUGAAUUUGGUGCUUUUAUGAAAUCUGUUUAA